GUGGUGAUAGCAAAAGCACCGAAGACCGAAGCGAGCUAUUUAUUUAUUUUACUCCAAAAAAGGAGGGCUCGAGUACAGUAUAACGACCACACGACCACCAUGGUUUUCCUCAAAAUCGGAACAACAGUCUCCAUCUCCGACGCGACAAUGAGCGAUCAGCCCGAUGAGGGAAAAGUGGAGACUACUACUGAUGGUGGGAGUAGUCGGCAAGAGGCUGCUAAUAAGUAUGGAAGCGGAAUACGAGACUUGACAGCAACUUUGAGCGCUGCGAACCCCAAGAGAGCACACAGUGGGCUGGCACAGCUGACGUCGAGUGUCACCAGUGCGGAAAGUAUCAGCACGUCUGCUGCCGUCGACGGAGCCAUCCCUGAUAUGGUGGAGAAUUGUUUCCAUAUUUUGAAGGACGGCCAAAAACACCAGGAUGCUGGGACGAGUUUGUUGGAUAAAGUCAAGGAAAACGCCGAGCGCCACAGACAGACCAAGAAACUAGCCACGGAAGCGGGCAAGAAAGACGACGAAGCUCACCCUGCCGCUGAAGAAAAAGAAGACUUGGAACCAAACUCGGGGGAGACGAUUUUGGGUCUGUUCGCUGCAGAUCAGACUCCCUGUCCACAACAACGGUCCUCCCAUGGCAAGACAUCUUACGUGGAUAUGCUCUCAGGCGGUGAUAUUGAUUCUGAUUCGGACUACGAAUCAGAUGAUAUGGACAUGUCCCGAAAAAUGAAGGACCUCCUCAUGAGCACAUCCACUGGUGAGCAUGUCACACAGCGUCACUCUGCCUCGGGCGUGCAUAAAAUGCCUGGCCAUAUCCACGAUGACAACUGCAAAUCUUCCUGCGAUAAGAUUCCGCGUCGUGGCUUGGAUCGAGCCAGAAGUGAACGCAUGAAUAAUGGCAGCGGAAGAACCAAAAAUAAUGUCAAAUUGAAGCGAAACAAGAGCACGGAGGAUUGCACGCCAAAACCAUCCGGUUUGACCAGGGCUGUUUCUACGGGAUCGCAUGAGUUGGAGGGCCAUCGGCGAGGCGUCAAUCGCACAAAGAGUGGACGAAAAGCGCGUCCACACUGUCCCAGGGACGAUGAAGGGGCCAAACCCACUUCCUUGAAUCGUACGUCGUCGACGGGGUCGCCAUCCGGAUCUCCAACACGGGUGGAACGCGUCAAGAGCUCCCGCAAUGUCUCGCGAAGUCCCAGGCGUGUCAGGAGCUCGGGCGAUGGUGAGACAGAUGGAAGUCCUCCCCAGCCACCUGCCAUGAAACGAAACCUUUCCACCGGAAGUACAGGUUCGGGAGAACCAAAACAACGCUCCAGUCACAGAAGCCCCAGGCGUUCCAAGACCUCGGGCGAUGGUGAGAUGGCUGGAAGUUCUCCUCAACCACCUGCCAUGAAACGAAAUGUUUCCACCGGUAGCACGGGGUCGGGCGAACGAAAACAGCGGUCCAGUACUGGAGGAACUUCUCGACUCUCUCCCACUCGUUCACCUCGGAAAAAGGGAGAGCUAGACUCUGCCACGGAGCACUCUCCCAGACGCCGCGGGGAACCGAGCAGGGGUCUCAUCAGGAAUGAUAGUAGCAGCAGUGUUGGAAGCGCUGCCAAGAGACAAUCGCGGAGUAACAAGCUCCGCCCCAUGCUAGGUAGGUCUGACUCGGAAGGCAGCGCUGGUGGCAGCGGCAGGAAGAGCCCCACCCGCGUGACCAGUUGUAACGACAGGGACUUGAGCCCUGGCAACAGCGGCAGUGCGAUCAACGACCCCGAUCGUCGCAGAGCUCGUGACAUGAGGAUGGUCCGAGCGAGUAGUCAACGCAAUCUCAGCCCCUCGCGCAAACCAGAGGAUUUAGCAGGUCAAUCGGAAGGAAGAGUUCGAGACUUGAGGUUGGCACGUGAAAUGAGCAAACGUAGCUUGAGUCCUCAGCGCAGAGCGGAAGAUUUGGAGGAAAUGCCGGCUAUACCCAUGCCCGGUGCCUUGUCCAGAGGUGUGUCCGCGGGAAACGCAGCAGCGGUAAGGCGAGCACCUUUGGAUGCAAGUGGCGAGGAGGCGCUGCAGAGCAUGAACAUACGCCCACGAGUGCCGAGACCAGGCAUGACACGAAGUCUGAGUGAAAAGGCCAUGAAUCGCCGCCAGGUGAAACCUUCCUCUGAUCUCCUUGCGUCUCAUUCCGGGAUGGCAGCCGAAAAAUCUGAUGGCAACAGCUCUGGCGAAAGUCCCAUGGGAAGCCCAACUUCCAAUAGGAAAACACGUGGAGACGACGGAGAGGGGCGUGGUGGUUCGGGGAGGCCAAUGCGAAGGGUCAAAUCUUCUGGUUCUGGGGAUGAGAUGACUCGAUCUGCCCAUGGCCAUCGUCGCAAACCGCGAAGGAAACCAACAGACGACGGGCACGAUCAUGAUCUCUCUCCAGAUGAGCCUCGUCGGAAACCGAGAAGGAAACCAACAGACGAUGGACCCGAUCCCGACCACUCCCCUGACGAACGGCCUCGUCGCAGGCCGGAAGACAGGGAGAGAAGGAGAAGACCGCGACAGGGCGAACCGCAAAGUCGGAGCAAUUCGCCAACGCGAACCCAUCAAAAAAGCAGAGGCAACGUCAACAGAGGUAAAAACCACCAAUUUGACAUUGCAAAGAAUCAAUAUGCAAACAUGGUAAAGCUAGCGGACGAGAAAGCGCGUGAGCAGGAAGAAGAGGAGGAAAAGGAAAGGAGGAGACAGGAGGAGGAAGAAGAAGAAAGAAGGCUCCAAGCCUUGGAGGAGGCUGCGGCGUUGGCAGAGGCAGAAGCUGAGGAAGAGGCGAGGAGGAAGAAGAAGGGUUUUGCUGGUGUCGCCAAAUUCGCCGUCAUGACUGCAAAAAUGACAGCCAGUGUUGCGACAACUGCCGCAACGACAGGCGUGAAUUUGGCAUCAACCGCUGCGACGACGAGUGUGAAUUUAGCAUCAACUGCUGCGACGACGAGUGUGACUGUUGCAACAACAGCAGCGGGUGCUGCCACUCAGACCGCUUCUUCCACGGCCAAACUCGGUUUUUCCACUGUCAAGGGUGCCGUCAACGCUGUCAGCGCUGUAUCGGACCUGGGAAGAAGCAGCCAUCACGUCAAGGCUGUGAAAUAUGACUUGGGCUCGGAAACACAUUCCCUCAAAGAAUCCGAGACCGAUCGUAAGUUGAUGCCGGCUCCAUCCAUGUCUGCAUUGGCGGGUGGAGUUCUAGGAGGUUCUUCAUCAGCAUUUAUGACUGAUGACAGUUUCGCCGCGGACGACGACGAUGGUGCUAUUGACUAGAGGAAAUGCCCGCAUGGCGAACUCUUCGUAAGCUUUUAGAAAGCAACCUUAAUGUUGAACACAGUAACGAGACCGUACUAGGAAGAGUGCAUUCGUGU